AUGCAUUUGACAAGGCUGACCCAAAAAGAGGUGCUUCUUGAUUGGACUGACAAGUGUAAAGAGAGCUUCCAAAAGCUCAAGACCCUUCUGACCAUAUCACAUAUUCAGGACCUGCCGGUGGAAGGUAAAGAUUUCACUGUUUAUUGUGAUGCAUCACUUUUGGGUUUGUGUGCUGUGUUGAUGCAAGAUAAGAAUGUCAUAGCUUAUGCAUCACGACAGCUAGAGGUGCAUGAGAGAAACUACGUGGUGCGUGAUAAGUUGGCAGAGAAGGAACUUAAUUUGAGAAAACGAAGGUGGAUGGAGUUACUCAAGGAUUGUAAUGUUACCAUCCAGUAUCAUCCGGGUAAGGGUAAUGUGGUGGCAGACGCAUUAAGCCUAAAGACGAAAGGUGGGGUGUUGGCCAUCAUUGAGAUUAGGCCCACAUUCAUUGAGGAGAUCAAGGUGAAGCAGUUUGAGGAUGAGAGUUUGAAUGAGCUGAGAAAGAAGAUAGCGUCUGGAAAGGCAUAA